CACACCACCUUCAGGACACCUGACCCUCUGCAGCCCAGGGCGCGGCUGACUUCGGAUUUUGUGGUGGUGGCCACCACUGCUAAGGCUGCCCGCCUCCUUCGGUUCCAGCCACCGCUCUCUCUCAGCAAGCAGGAUGCUCUGCGCUCCGUCCACUACAAUAGUGCCACCAAAGUGAUCCUGGCCUGCAAACAACGUUUCUGGGAAAGAGAUGGCAUUUCCAGCGGCAAAUCUAGCACCGACCGGCCUUCCCGUUUCAUCUACUAUCCCAACCACAUCUUCCCCAAUGGUGCAGGGGUCGUCCUGGCAUCUUACACCCUGGAUGAUGACUCCAUGUUCUUCACAGCCCUGGACCACACUCGGGUAGUGGAUAUUGUUCUGGAUGACCUAGCUGCUAUUCACAAUCGUCACAAAGAAGAACUCCGUGCUCUCUGUCCUUACUCCACAAUCAAGAACUGGAGCCAAGAUCCUUAUUCCAUGGGUGGCUUUGCCUUCUUCACCCCCUACCAAUAUGUGGACUAUGCCCAGGAACUCAGCCAGCCGGAAGGGCAGGUCUACUUUGCAGGUGAGCACACAGCUCUGCCCCAUGGCUGGAUUGACACUGCUAUCAAAACAGGACUCAGGGUGGCAAAGAACAUUCAGGAAUCUGUGGACUUGGCUUUGACAAGGAAACCCAGAAAUACAAAAGAAUACUUCUCCAAAAGUGAACUGUAAUCAGCUAUAUGCCCCCAGGAACUUGAGAGAUUCCAAACAAGUUUGUCCAUCAGGAAACAAUGCAAAACCUACUCUCACCCAUCUUUGCCUUGGCUCAGAAACUUGACCUGAGGCCUAUGACCGGAGCCCCAAGGUAACAGACUGCCUGUGACCUUGGGUUUAUGACAGGAGCUCAGCAAGAACUUGUGGCAUAGAGAUUAUAAACAAUAAAGUUGAAUUCAACUAUCA